AAGGAAAGCAACGCCAGCUCCGAACUCCGACUGGUAGAAGAGAAGAAAGGGAGGGAAUAUAUAUAAUAAGAGAAAGGAAAGCAACGCCAACUCCGAACUCCGACUGGUAGAAGAGAAGAAAAGAGAGGAGAGGCGAUGAUGGUGGAAGAUAUUAGGUUUUUGAGACCUCUGGUUCAUCUCUUGAUUCCUUUCUGCCUCCACUGGAUCGCGGAGGAGAUGACGGUGUCGGUGCUGGUGGAUGUCAUCACCGGCGCCCUUUGCCCCGGCGAGAAGUCCUGUUCCGAGGCCAUCUACCUCACCGGAGUCCAGCAGACGGUGGUAGGAAUUUUUAAAAUGGUGGUGCUUCCCACAUUGGGUCAGCUUGCAGACGAGCAUGGGCGUAAACCGCUGCUUCUUAUUACUACUUCUACAUCCAUAAUCCCAUAUGCUAUUCUUGCCUGGGAUAAUUCAAAGUCAUCUAUAUAUGUGUUUUUUGCUCUUCGCACAAUUUCAUCUAUCAUAAGCCAUGGAAGUAUAUUUUGCAUAUCGAUUGCUUAUGCGUCAGAUGUAGUGGAAAGCCGCAAAAGAGCUGUAGCAUUUGGAUGGAUGACUGGGCUUUUUUCUGCUUCACAUGUGCUGGGAAAUGUCUUAGCCCGUUUUCUUCCAGAAGAAUGGAUUUUUGAGGUGUCAAUAGCUUUGUUGGUCUGUUCCGUACUUUACCUGAAAAUAUAUCUGAUCGAGACAGUUAAGAAAGCUCCAAGCCCACAUCAGUGUUUGUCUUGUUCCAGCUUAAUUCUCAAUGUCCUUCAGGAACGUUGGAAGUCAAUGAAAGACACUAUAAUUGUGGUCACUAGUAGCUCAACACUUAAGCGCAUCUCAUGUGUUUCCUUUUUCUUUGAGUUGGGAAUGUCUGGCAUCAGCAGUGUCUUGCUGUACUAUUUGAAGUCAGUAUUUGGCUUCAGCAAAAAUCAGUUCUCCGAAAUUCUAAUGAUGGUUGGCAUUGGGUCUAUAUUUUCUCAGAUUUUGGUGCUUCCAGUUAUCAAUCCAAUUAUAGGAGAAAAGGGUGUAUUAUGUAUCGCCCUGGCUGCUAAAAUUGCUUAUGCUUUGCUUUGUGGAUUGGCAUGGGCACCUUGGGUUCCAUAUCUAAGUGCUUCAUUUGGAGUCAUAUAUGUUCUUGUGAAACCAUCGAUUUAUGCAAUUGUUUCAAAGGCAGCAAUCUCGAUGGACCAGGGAAAAGCACAAGGAUUUAUCGCAGGAGUUCAAUCCAUUGCCAGCUUCUUAGCGCCUAUGGUGAUGAGUCCACUGACCUCUCUGUUCAUUUCGAGCAAGGCCCCUUUUAAUUGCAAAGGCUUCAGCAUUUUACUUGCAUCAAUCUCUGUGAUGGUCUCUUUGGCCCAUGCUUGGCUUCUGAAUCCAGACAAUCCAGAGAAACCGCCUGAUUUUGAGAUUGCACAGACGUCAGAUGAAUCUAUUGAGGCACCCCUCGUGCUACAGUCUUGACUACGGUCAUUCUUCUGUUGCCAAUACUAAGAGAGAGAGAGAGAGAGCUGGCCAUGUCAGCAAGGUCUUGUUCCUCAACUGAAUAACAACAGCUUAUCAUGAGCUAUGCAAAAUUUACAAGCGUGUGCAGGAGACAUAAGUGAGACACCUUCUGUCGAUCCUGCUGCAGCUCAAGCAAAAAAGGGUUGCAGCAUUCUAUGCAUUGUUGCAUAGUUAUUUAUCGUGUAACUAGUUGUGUUCCUUUGCAUAUCCUGUUUAUGCACAUAUUCAUCUUCAGU